UGUUUUGCGGCUCAACGUCGCUCUGCACCGCCGGGCGGAGACAGCAACGGGUCAGAGGAAAAUGGCGGACGGUGUGGAUCACAUCGAUAUCUACGCCGACGUCGAAGAGGAAUUCAACCAGGAAUCUGACUACCCAGUCCAUGAACAGAUCGACCUGUAUGAUGAUGUAAUAUCCCCAUCAGCCAACAAUGGUGAUGCUCCAGAAGACCGCGACUACCUGGACACGCUGCCAACACCAGGUGGUUCCGAUGGAGGAAAGGGUGCCCCACCCAACGUGGUCUAUACCUACACAGGCAAAAGGAUUGCCCUGUACAUAGGAAACCUCACAUGGUGGACAACAGACGAGGACCUGACGGAAGCUAUCCGUUCGGUAGGCAUCACAGAUGUGCUGGAGAUCAAGUUCUUUGAAAACAGAGCCAAUGGCCAGUCCAAAGGGUUUGCGUUGGUGUGUGUGGGCUCAGAGGCAUCAUCGAGAAAAUUAAUGGAGCUGCUGUCGAAGAGGGAGCUCCAUGGUCAGAAUCCCAUCGUCACCGCGUGCAACAAGCAGUCCCUCAGCCAGUUCGAGAUGCAGUCACGUAAGAUCUUCUUAUAUUUCUCAGGUACCCAGUCAGGGCAAAUGUCUGGGGAAGGUAAAGCUGGUCCUCCUGGUGCUGGUCUUCGUGGAGGUUUCCCCAUGGGUCGAGGCAGAGGCAGGUUCCCUGGACCACCCGGCCCCGGUGGAGACCGCUUUCCUGGUCCUGUUGGGCCUGGAGGACCGCCACCACAUUUCCCUGGCCCGGGCAUGAGACCAGAUCUGAUUAGGCACCAAGAUGGCCCUCUGAUGGAUAUGAGUUUCAAUCCAUUCCCGCCGGGGGGCAGGAACGGGAACUGGCGUGGCAGAGGUGGAAUGCAGGGUCCUCCACGUCCCCCACUUGGUCCACCUGGUCCCCCUGGUCCACCAGGACCUCCACUUCCUGGUCAGGGCCUCCCCCCUCCCCUUGCUGGUCCUCCAAAUCGAGGCGAUAGGCUUCCUCCCCCUGUUCUAUUCCCUGGUCAGUUUGGCCAGCCGCCAAUGGGACCCCUGCCCCCAGGUCCCCCUCCUCCAGGUUAUGGCCCUCCUCCUGGUCCCCCACCCCCUCAGCAGGGCCCACCACCCCCGGGGCCCUUCCCACCACGUCCCCCAGGCCCCAUUGGGCCCCCCAUGGCUUUGGCUCCACCUCCACACAUGCCAGGUCCCCCGCCGGGUGGACCGCCACCAGCACCCCAUGUCAACCCUGCAUUCUUCCCCCCACCUGGCAACAACAACAUGCCACCUAAUGACAACCGAGGCCCCCCUGGACCAAACGACCCAUACGGACGCCCACCACCAUAUGAAAGAGGGGACUACGGUCCUGGAGGCCGUGAGAUGGAGGCGUCACGGACCCCUCUAAGCGAGGCAGAGUUUGAGGAGAUCAUGAACAGGAACAGAGCCAUCUCCUCCAGCGCCAUAUCUAGAGCAGUGUCUGAUGCCAGUGCAGCUGACUAUGGCAGUGCUAUAGAGACCUUGGUGACAGCUAUCAGUCUGAUUAAGCAGUCCAAAGUGUCAGCAGAUGACCGCUGUAAGGUCCUCAUCAGUUCCCUGCAGGACUGUCUCCACGGCAUUGAGUCAAAAAGCUACGGUUCAGCCUCCAGUCCAAUGAUGCUUGUCCAUGCCAGGCGAGAACGUUCCAGGGAACGGGACCACAGUCGCUCCAGAGAAAAGAGCCGACGUCACAAGUCCCGCAGUCGUGACAGGCAUGAGGACUAUUACCGAGAACGCAGCCGAGAGCGCGACCGCCAUCGCGAGAGGGACCGUGACCGCGACCGGGAGAGAGAGAGGGAAAGGGAGUACCGACACCGCUAGACAAGGAGGGAGCUAACGAGGAUCAAGGAUGGAUGGAAGAAAAAGGAGGAAGAAUUUCAGUGCGCCACCACCUCCCUACCCUGCAUGACCGGACAGGAUUACCACCACCACCUAUUCCUCCAUCUCUACACCCAUUCUUCUCUGUCUGUUCAUCUUGUCUGCCUGAUUAAGAGCAGUGGAUGGAAGACCCUGACCUGUGUAAGGCUGUUAUCCCAACAUAUAUACUCAUGGUAACUAAAGAUGAAAGAAAAGAAACUUUCCAAGCAGUUCUUUUAUUUUUAUGAUGUUUUAUUUGACAUGACGAUGACUACGUGUGAUGCUCUUUUUUUUUUGUGCAAAGAAACAAUAAAAUGGCCCACACACUCCCUAAUUAGAAGACACAAACAUUACAUCCUAUUUGUUUUUUAUUUUUCCUUGGCUCGCUGUACUGUGUACAUUCAGUUUAGAGAUCAGUUUUUAUAGGGUACAUGUUUGAUGUGUUCUCCCCACCCCUCAGUCUCAUUUCUUUCUUUUGUUAGAAUGUUUGUAAAUGUCUCUCUGCUUUUGAUUAAAAACUAGAUGGUGUUGUAAUAAAAAAUGUUUACUGAGGUA